AUGGCAGAUGCCACGUGCUCUCCCGGGUACAUCGACAUCGCAACCAAGCUGGACAGCAUAUUUGCAGCCUUCUGGAGAAAACUCUUUCUCAAGCAACCAGUGAGAUAUCACUUACCUAAGUAUCCACGCUCCCGUCACAAAGGGUUAAGGGAGCUCGCCAAAGACGGCGAAGGAGACGACUGCACUUGCCGAGUCGCAAGGCUACACGUCGGAAUUCCGAUGCAGCUGGGAUUCACCACAGCAGAGUAG